GCAGUCCCAGGCAAAGCGAGCGUGCAUGACGUCAGUGGGAAUGUAGGAAAGCAGUGUGCACUCCUAAUUGGUUGCAAGUCGCGGAUGGGACGGUCCAGAGGAGGUCCGUGUGGUUGAAUUAACCAAUGGCAGAAGAGAUGACAGUUACCGUGGUGACCAAUUUUGUCAACCUAUACAUUGAAGAGAGCACAAGCUCAACAGUGAUGAGUGGAAGGGCUAUUCACACAUUCAACACCAGCUGCAGAGCAGAACAUGUGGAAAAACUGACACAGCAAAUGAAAAAUGGUUUUAGCAGUUCGAAGUCCAAGACGACUGACUAUGAAAGACUGCAAGCUAUUAUUGAUGCCAAACGCCUGCAGUCUGAUCAAAUUGGACAACAGGUACAGAAGACUCGCUGUGCAUCCAAGACAACCAAGGAGAGCUCCUUAUUGCGGCAGCACAGACAGGUGUGGAGCAGAAAGUGUCCCAGGCUGCAAAAAGCUGAGGAGCAGACUGAGGAUGACAUCCAUAAUUUUCUGGAGCAGAUCAAGCCAAGCAGUUUAGCAGACACAGCUAUCUUCUCACUUCAAGAAUAUGAACUAUCCCUUGUGGGGGAGAGGGAAGCAUUCAGGAAAGCCACUGUGGACCCUGUUUUUCAACUCAAGGAUGAUCUGUGCUUCAGACUGGGCGAAGUGCAACAUCUGCAGCGUCAUGAACGUCCAUCAAUCUGUAAACAAGUAUUACAACAGAUAAACUUUGUAAAAGACCAGGAAGAGGACAUAAUUGCAGCACUUCAUGCAGAUUACCUGCAUGUUGAAAAGGACAUCAUGGGCCUUGGUUUGGAGAAAUAUUUUACUAGUGCUUCAGAUACUUUGAUGAACUCAGAAAAUAUUCCUAUGGAGGUUUUGGAUGCGGACUGUCCUUACCCAGAGUUAAAAGACUCAAUGAUCCAGGCUUUCCGAUCCUUGUCAGAGAGGUACCAGAGCAGACUGCAGAGUCUACAGGAACAACUGCAAAAAACUGAUAGGUUCUGUGGCUGGUGCCCAGAUGACCAUCAACUUUUCCAGUUCACAGUGUCUCUGUACACCCAUGACAUACCUGACCACAGAGAACUCUGUAGGGACAUGCUGUUGAGACUGUUUCCUGAGAGGACAAGGCUCGAGCUGUUGGAACAUGAACGUUUGUGGGACUGGCAGCGCUUCACCCAGACACAGCUGAGAGUAGUGACCCAGCAGUUUCAGCGAGACCUGGACGAGCUGCUGGCCAGAGCCCUGGUCACACUGCAGGAAGCAAAACAUGCCCACCAGGAGGAGCUGGAGCUCCACAGAGACCGCCAGCACCAGCAGAACAUCUGCUUGCGCCUCAAAGAGAAACUGCAGCAGUGGCGGGCCCAGCAGGAGGAGGUGGCGAAGCUGGAGGCCUCUAUAGCAGCGAGACAACUGGAGAAAGAAGAAGGAAAACUAAAGAGGGAGCGGGAGAAGGAGACCGCCAACAGGGUGCAACAGAAAGAGAAAGUGAAACAGUUUUAUUUAAAACAGCAGAAACAGAGGGAGGUGCUGGAGCAGAGGGAUCAAGAGAGACUUGCUAAUCUGAGGCGCCUCAUGGAAGAACAGGCGAGGCGAGAUAGGCAGAGGGUGCAGUUUCGGGCAGAUAUGUUGCAGCAGCGAAGGGAAGAGAGAGAGGAGCGAGAGUUUGAGCGGAAGAGAGAAGAACAAGAGAGACAGAAUCGUCUGGAAGCUCUCAGAAAGCAGGUCGAGGUGGUGGCCGAGGCAGACCAAGACAGGAUGAUGGCAGAUACUGAAGCUUGGAGGAAUCGACUCCUGGAUGAGAGGGAAUUGCAGCUCCAGAGGCCUCUUUACAGUAUCAACACGUACACAGACACACAGAUUUUGACGGAUCCAAGAGUACGGGUUGAGCAAGCUUUGCGGGAGGCUGGUCUGCACCAAAGUCAGUAUGCCAAAGAUGUUAUGUCUGAUAUCAAGCCACCCAAACCACCUCGGCGAGACACAAAAUCCAUGUUUAAAUUUUGACCAAUGUUUUGUUUGGGUCAGAUUAUUGACCCCAGUCAGCAUUUGUUCUGGUUUUCAUUGUGUGUAGAAAUCCUUCAUAAGAGUUCA